AUGUUUACGCGCAGUCAAAUCGCGGGAGGUGUCUCGAAUGCACGCACCAUGCUCUUAAUCCUUGCUUUUAUCUCACUGGCGUUCGCCGCGCCCGCCACUUACGACCAACGUCAAGAAGGCGAAGUCAAUGUACAAGCUGAUGUCCAAAACGUCGUCCUUCUAGUUGCUAUCCCUCAGAAGAUACCCAGCAGCCUCUUAGACUUGAGCUGGUUGAAGAGCGGGAAGCAAGGCAGCGAUGAUAUCCAGGAGCGAGCUGAUGUACAUGUGAUGGAGGCGUUUGUUGAGCCGAACACACCGUACCGCGUCGAAAUUGGCACGGAAGGUGAGAAGAAAGUUGAGGGUGACGGGCGUAAUGCGGAGGUAUUAAUCGCCGGCCGGAAACCGAUCGAAGCAGAAGAACAGGAAUCUGAUAAAAAUGAAUUUAAACUCAUUGGCGCGAUGGAGCAGUGCGGUCCGGAUAGAAUGAGGGAUCCAGUGACGCUCAUGUGCGUUGAUGAACCGGAAGCACCUUCUACACGAGCCCCAGAAGUUAUAGCUGUAUCGACGUAA